AUGAGUGUAGUGGAGCUGAAGGAGCUAAACGAAGGAAAGCUAUCAUAUGGAAUGGUCACCUUAGAAGAGCUAUUAUGCUUAGGAACAACAAGUACUAGUGGAGAGAGUGUUACCAAGAAAAACGAUGAAGGUCGAAUAUGUCGAAAACGUGAUGCUGCUGACGGAGAAUCUAGGGAAACAGUUUCCCCAAAGAUGCCACGUGUUGUAGAAGAAGAAAAUGGAGAAACCUAA